GAGCACAGAUCUUUUGCCAAACAUCAUAAUAAGGUAAGCGUCAUGGCGGCAAUGAAAGAAGUGGUGUCAUUGUACCAGCAACUGAAAACAGAAUGGAACAAGAAACCACCGAACCUGAACAAAUGUGGAGAACUUUUAACGAAAUUAAAGGUUGGCCUUACACAUUUAAUGUUCUUGCCAACUUCCAACUCGACUGCUUCACAGCAAGAGCUCUUACUUGCAAGAGACAUUCUGGAGAUCGGUGCUCAGUGGAGCAUUGCUAUGAAAGAUAUACCCUCAUUUGAGAGAUAUAUGGCACAACUGAAAUGUUACUAUUUGGAUUACAGGGACCAGCUUCCAGAAUCUGCAUACAAGUACCAACUUUUGGGACUGAAUCUGCUGUCCCUACUAUCUCAGAACAGGGUGGCAGAGUUUCACACAGAGUUGGAGCUGUUGCCUGCUGAUCAGAUCCAGACCAAUGUCUACAUCCGCCAUCCACUUUCUCUUGAGCAGUACCUGAUGGAAGGCUCCUAUAACAAGAUCUUCCUGGCAAAAGGCAACGUUCCAGCAGAAAAUUAUAAUUUUUUUAUUGACAUUCUGCUGGACACAAUUAGAAAUGAAAUAGCAACUUGCUUGGAGAAGUCGUACGAAAAGAUAUCUGUUCAAGAAGCAGCGAGAAUGCUGAACAUGGCGAGUCUUGCUGCCAUGAAGAAAUACGGAGAAAAGAAGAAUUGGACUCUUAAUCCAGAUAAUUACUACUACUUUGGUACUGAGGAGAAGAAGAGUGAAGACCCUCUUCCAUCAAUAGAACUUUCAGAACAAGUGAUAGAUUAUGCAAGGGAACUUGAAAUGAUUGUAUGAGUGAACAAAUUUUUGUGGAAAAUUAAAGCUUUAUUUAAUUUUACUCAUCUGUUGAAAACUUUUGUAAAUAACAAAUGAAAAAAAGUAAAAAGUUUAAUAGUCA